UCUGUGAGUGAGGCAGUCGUCUCUGCGUGGAAGAACAGAUCCUCUCCCACUGGCUGCUAUGACCUGAGCUACCGGACGACACGUCUCUGCUCUCCGGACUGACCGCUGCUGCCUCGAAGACUUUCGUUGUUGCGCUUUUUUGUUUUUGUUGUUGUUAUUGUAGCAACUCUACAUUCAACACACACACACACACACACACACACACACACAGACACACACACACACAGUCGUUUAUGGUUGCAUUGCCACGACUCUUUGUAACCGUAGCUGCUGGCCUCUGAGGCUAGCAGUGACAGAGUGGAGCCAGCUGGUCGGACAGCGGUACAGUAGCGUUAGCACAACAAGCUAAUUAACCGGAAACACUUGAGCCUGGAUUACUGCCUUUAAUCAAAGAGAGUCUGCGGGUUUUACUCACUGCGGUCACAAUGAAGAUAACUGUGGAUUUCGAGGAAUGUUUGAAGGACUCUCCAAGAUUCAGAGCGACCAUAGAGGAAGUGGAGGGGGAUGUGUGCGAGUUGGAGUCCAAGCUCGACAAAUUGGUGAAGUUAUGCAUUGGGAUGAUAGAUGCGGGCAAAGCCUACAAUGCAGCCAACAAGCAGUUUGUGACCGGGAUCCGGGAGCUAGCCCAGCAGUCCACCAAAGAUGAGGUCAUCGAGUCCAGUCUCACUAAAUUUGCCGAGAGCCUGCAGGAGAUGAUCAACUAUCACACGAUAUUAUUCGAUCAGGCUCAGAGAUCAAUCAAGACCCAGCUUCUAACGUUUGUCAAAGAUGACAUACGUAAGUUCAAAGAAGCCAAGAAGCAAUUUGACAAAGUCAGCGAGGAAAAGGAGGGCGCGCUGAUGAAGAACGCCCAGGCUCCCCGCAACAAGCAGCACGAGGUGGAGGAGGCCACCAACAUCCUCACGGCCACGCGCAAGUGCUUCCGACACAUCGUCCUCGACUACGUUUUACAGAUCAAUGUGCUACAAUCAAAGAGAAGAUCGGAAAUCCUGAAAUCAAUGUUGUCCUUCAUGUACGCCCACCUGACCUUCUUCCACCAAGGCUAUGACCUCUUCAGUGAACUGCAACCUCUGAUGAAGCAGCUUGGAGGACAGUUGGACCAGCUGGUGGUGGAUGCUGCCAAAGAGAAGAGGGACAUGGAGCAGAAACACUCCACCAUCCAGCAAAAGGCUGCUCUGCAGGACGUGACUGAGCUCGAGUCAGACUGCCGCAACUUUCGCGCUUGGAGGUCGACCUCUGACUUCUCGAAUGACGACACCAAGCUGGAGUACAAUGUGGAUGCAGACAACGGCAUCGCAAUGGAGGGUUAUCUGUUUAAGAGGGCCAGCAAUGCCUUUAAGACGUGGAAUAGGCGUUGGUUCUCCAUCCAGAACAAUCAGCUAGUUUACCAGAAGAAAUUUAAGGACAACCCUACAGUGGUGGUGGAAGACCUGAGGCUGUGUACCGUCAAACACUGUGAGGACGUAGAGCGUCGUUUCUGUUUCGAAGUGGUGUCGCCCACCAAGAGCUGUAUGUUGCAGGCAGACUCGGAGAAGCUGCGACAGGCCUGGAUCAAAGCCGUCCAGAACAGCAUCGCCACCGCCUUCCGCGACAAGGGAGAAGACGGCGAGAAGCUUGAUAGGAAGUCGUCCACGUCGACGGGGAGCCUUGAUUCCGGCGGGGAGCCGAAGGAGAGGCCAAUCAAAGGAGAGAGUGCCCUGCAGAAGGUCCUGGCCAUCCCAGGCAACACCUGCUGCUGCGACUGCGGCCAGCCAGACCCCCGCUGGGCCAGCAUCAAUCUGGGCAUCACCCUCUGUAUACAGUGCUCCGGUAUCCACAGGAGUCUGGGUGUGCACUUCUCUAAGGUUCGGUCUUUGACUCUGGAUACAUGGGAGCCAGAACUUCUGAAGUUGAUGUGUGAACUUGGAAACGGAGUGAUCAAUCAGAUCUACGAGGCUCGGCGAGAGGAGCUGGGAUCCAGAAAACCGCACCCAGGAGACCCAAGACACGAGGUAGAGGCCUACAUCAAAGCCAAAUACGUGGACCGGCGGUUUGUACGCCGGCCUACAGACGAGGAGCUUCGCAACAAAGUGGUUUCUCUGAGCAAACAGGAGAAGAGGCUGAGCAGCAGCUCUGAGCAUCUGCCCCCGAGACCGCCACCGCCCACCCCAAAACUCCGACCCGGCCAGUCAGCUGUUGCCAGCGGCAAGGAGGCCCGCCGCGACUCUCUCUUCUGUGCUGACGAGCUUGACUCACUCUUCUCCUACUUUGACAACUCUGCCAAGCUCAGGAGCAUAAAAAGUGCAGACAGCGGCAUCCAGAACAGCGCUGAUGGGAGCAGGGAGAUGCUGGCCACCACUGCCUCCAGUAACAGCCUGACAGAUGCAGACGCCGCCGAGUCUCCCCCCAUGCCGAUGCCUGCCACACUGCCUCCUCCGUCGCCGUGUAAGGAGGUGGUUUUCUACGAGCCUAAGGAGUACAGCUCGGGUCUGCAGCUCUACUGGGCCGCAUGUGCCCGCAGCCUGCCGGACAUGGCGGAAGCACUGGCCCACGGAGCCGAGGUCAACUGGGUCAACACGGAGGACGACAAGAGGACGCCGCUGAUCAUGGCGGUGCAGGGGGGUUCGCUGGUCUGCUGCGAGUUUCUGCUCCAAAACGCCGGGAACGUGAACCAGCAGGACGCUCAGGGCCGAGGACCCCUCCACCACGCCACCAUGCUGGGACACACGGGGCAAGUGUGUUUAUUCUUAAAAAGAGGAGCCAAUCAAAAUGCCACCGACAUCGAUGAGAAGACCCCCCUGAUAAUAGCAGUGGAUGCAGCCAACGCAGACAUCGUCACACUGCUGCGAUUGGCCAAGAUGAACGAAGAGAUGCGAGAGGCGGAGGGGCCCUACAGCCAGUCAGGAGAUGAAACCUACCAGGACAUUUUCCAGGAUUUCACCCACAUGGCCUCCAAUGACCCGGACAAGCUGAACCGCUACCAGCAGUAUGAUCCGCAGUGACCCAGACUCAACAGAAACGCCGUCCGAUUAGCUCUCAGAUACAUGUCGUACAUACAUGUCUGCUCAGCCCAAGAGAGACAAGAAGAUGUCUGGACAGACAUCGUCCACUUUCCCUCCAACGUCAUUGAGCAUUAAUGCUGGUUAGUGCUGCCGUAGCUGGACUCGUGUCACCGUAACGGGACCAAAGCGCCUUUUUCAUCAGAUAGUUGUCUUGCAGCUGUGUAUACAGCCCUCGUUAAAGCCACUUCACCCACGUUAAGGGGAACUUCUGUGAACAGCAAACCUCACUUUCCUUUUCUUUCUUUUUUUACUGACCUACUAUUACAAUAAGUGAAUGGUUCAGUGUUUGAAAGAUUUGCAAAGUCCUGAACAAUCUGAAUGUAGAGCUGCCAUCAAGGCUGUCGGUUAUUUCAAUCGUUUGUGUCACACUUCCUGACAGAAGAAAUUCAAAGACAAUUUAUUUCUUUUCAAUUCUCUUUCUGAUCAAAGGCAUCUGUUUUAUAUUGAAGUGUUGCUUUAGUAAACUCGACAAUAUGCUUUUACUCUUUUGCACAAAUCCCUUUAUCUUAAACCGCCACUGAUGUUUACCAGUUUUGAUGAUAAAACUUUGACAUUUUAAUGAAAGUAAACAUGUUAUUGAUGUUUUUUUGCUUUUUAAAUGCUGGUUUGUUUUUUUCUGCACUUUUCUCUGAACGAUUUAAAUUGUCCAUGUCCGUAGCUGCAGUACGCCUCCGUCAGCCUGCUGAUUCUAGCUUCAGUCGUGUUGAGAUGUUGAUCAUUUGUAGAUUCAGUCUCACGCUGAUAUUAAAACGUUAAGAUUUAGAGUUAAAGAACUCUACAAUAAUAUGGACAAAUACAAAACGCCCUCCCCCGAAAACAGUCAAAACGCAGAUAGAACGAGAUUGAACGAGAACUUGAUUUGGUGUCCCAUCCCCGUUCAAUCAACAGCAAGAAAGCAAAUACAGCUGAGUCACAGCCAUUGUCCCUUAACUACAUCUGCAUUCACAUGUAUGCAUGUUCAGCUGACCUGCUGUGUGCUUUACAAUACUCUGCAAUGCAGGCAAGUGAUUGAAAUGAAUUAAUUGGACGUGUACCAAUUAAAGACUCGCUGUAAUAGCAGCAAAUUACAGAGAACUUUUAAGUAAGCUUCCCUGGAAAUGAAUUUGGGAAGUUGUGGAUCUGUAGUUUUUACAGAAAUACCACACAAGUCCAGAUGUGUGUGGGAUUAUUACACUAUGUGGUAAUUCUGUAGAGCGGCAUGAGCUGAGGACUAGAGUCACUGACAUUUCAUGUGUGGAGUGUUUGAUUUAGUUGUGACAACAUCAGACGACUGCACUGAAAUGUCCAGAAAUUAAUUAUGCCAUUAUUUUUGUCUUUUAAAAAAAGCGGUAAAAUCUUCUCUUUGACAUUAACAGUAUAUAGUAACAUAUAAUAUGCAGCGCAGGGGAAACCUUUGGCAGAUACAGCAUGGGAUACAACUCUUGUACAGUUUGUACAGAUGGUUUUGAAUUCUCCAGAGAACUGAAGUAUGAAGUUAGUGGUACUUGAAUCAUUAUGUAAGCUUUUGUAUAUGCUGUUCUUUGGUAAUAUUAGCAUAUUUUGUAUUGCCUGUCUGUAUACCAGUAUACAUGUACUGCAUUCUACCUGUAAUAUGUAAGAGCUUCAAUACAUAAGGACUGAGGAUUCAUCACAGAAUGUUUAAAAAAAUAAAAAAUAAAAAUAAGCCAAUGAAAGAGUC